AUGAUAGCUUUCAUGUGCUUUUUCGCUCUUCUUGCGCUCACGCUUGGUCAAGAAACUCAGGAAUGUGGUGAUUUCUGCACGGCUAAUUACUCUCCUGUCUGUUGUUCUUAUGACCAAGGAACCUUCAAAACCUUCAGCAAUGCUUGCAAUGCCGACAUCACGAAUUGCAAGAAGAAAACGAGAUGUGAAUCUAUGACAAACGGACCUUGCGAUGCAGAAAGUCUGGACAAGUGCGAGGAAAGAGUGUGUGCGGAUGUUAAGGAGCCAGUUUGCUGCACAAAUCUCGAUGGUUCUGCUCCUGAGACCUACGAAAACACCUGUGAAGCCUUCAACGCCAUGUGCGCGAGAAAGAAACGUUGCUACAGCCUGGAGGAGGGCGAAUGUGAAGCCUAG